AUGGACGAGCAGAGCCCGCUGUCUCCCAAGGCCAACGCGUUUAGUAUCGCCUCUCUGAUCGCAGCGGCGGCGGAGCGCGCCAGCCGGGAGGCGCUGGGCCCCCCGCAGCUGGCCGCCCCGGGCCUGGCCAAGGCGGCCGCAGGAGCGGGCGGCCCCCCGCAGAGGAUGCAUUUCAGCACAGUCACCAGGGAUAUGGAAGCCUUCACCGCCAACAGCCUGAGCAGCCUCAGCGCCUCUGGGGGCUACCACCUCUCGCCUUCCCCGGCUGGGGACCCCUACGGGCAGCACGAGCCGCCGCAACCUCAGCCGCAGGCGCCCCCACGCUACGAUCCCUGCGCCGCCGGGGCCGCCGCGCAGCCACACGGAUACCCCUUCUCGGCCCCGGGCGGCCCCAACCCUCCGGCCGGCGGCGGUGAACCAGAGGGAGCCGGGGCCAGCUGUGCCUCGGCCGGGCCUGGCCCGGGAGCCGUGGCUACCAAGGCUCCCGUGAAGAAGAACCCUAAGGUGGCCAACGUGAGCGUGCAGCUGGAGAUGAAGGCUCUCUGGGACGAGUUCAACCAGCUGGGCACCGAGAUGAUCGUCACCAAAGCCGGCAGGCGCAUGUUCCCCACUUUCCAGGUGAAGAUCUUCGGCAUGGACCCCAUGGCCGACUAUAUGCUGCUUAUGGAUUUCGUGCCGGUAGACGAUAAACGUUACCGGUACGCCUUCCACAGCUCAUCGUGGCUGGUGGCAGGGAAGGCAGACCCUGCCACCCCAGGCCGGGUCCACUACCACCCAGAUUCCCCAGCCAAGGGUGCCCAGUGGAUGAAGCAAAUCGUUUCCUUCGACAAGCUGAAACUCACCAACAACCUGCUGGAUGACAAUGGCCAUAUCAUCUUGAACUCCAUGCACAGAUACCAACCCCGCUUCCACGUGGUCUACGUAGAUCCGCGCAAGGACAGCGAGAAGUACGCCGAGGAGAAUUUCAAAACCUUCGUGUUCGAGGAGACCCGUUUCACAGCUGUCACAGCCUACCAGAACCAUAGGAUUACGCAGCUCAAGAUCGCUAGCAACCCCUUCGCCAAAGGCUUUCGGGACUGCGACCCUGAGGACUGGCCUCGUACCCACCGGCCAGGAACGCUGCCCCUCAUGAGCGCCUUCGCCCGCUCACGGAAUCCGGUGGCCUCGCCCGCCCAGCAGAACGGGGCUGAGAAAGACGCUGCUGAGAGCCGGCGGGAGUACGAGCGAGAAGCCAGCGGGACCCCUCUGCACGCCGAUCCGGCCCACCAGCAGCUCAUGUCCCGGGUCCUGAGCCCAGCGCUGCCCGUCCCGGGAGCCGGAGGCUUGGUGCAGAUCACCGCUACGGCGGGAGGCCGGCCGAGCCCUCCGCACCACGAACUACGCCUGGAGGCGCCCAGCGCCUCGGAGCCCCUGCACCAUCACCCCUACAAAUACCCGGCAGCAGCCGCUGCCGCGGCCGCCGCCUACGACCAUUACCUCGGGGCCAAGAGCCGGCCAGCGCCCUAUCCUCUGCCCAGCAUCCGGGGUCACGGCUACCCUCACCCGCACCAUCACCACCACCAUCACCACCAUGUGAACCCCGCGGCUGCGGCCGCAGCGGCAGCGGCCAACAUGUACUCCUCCGCCGGGGCUCCGGGCAACUACGACUAUGGGCCAAGAUAACCCGCCUCCCCAGUCGCCACCCGGGCCAGUCCAGCUCCGCCGUCCAACCUGGAUCCCGCCCCCCACCUUGGACCCCAAGCUUGGCUGGCACGCCCGGGUCCUGUCUCCGGUCCAGCCCUAGACGUCACCCUGGGGCACCUCCCUAAGUGAGGUCUCAGCUCAACUUCUCGGCCCAGUUCUCCCCGUCUAGGCCUGACUCUAAGGUCUAGCCUAGGCCCUCUCUGGCCGGUCUUUUCUCUAGGAGAGCCGCCUCAUCAUUCAUCCGCGAGCCUCCCUCCAGCUAAGCUUUCCUCACCGAUGCCCAUCCCGGGUCUCCACUCCAUCCCCAGCGUGCCCCCUCCAACCCCACCCACCCCAGCCGCCUAGCCCUACUCCUGCUUUCGACCCGCAGCUCUCCCGAAGCUGCCCGCAGACGGUGUGCCGCAUGGUGUGUGCGUUACCUCCGCGCUGUAGCGUGUGUCUGUCCGCGGAGGGCGCUUGUAUGCUGAAGUGGGAACGUUGCCAUUUUUAGGAUGAUGGUUUUGCCUGCCCUCCUUUCUCUUACACAUUUUAUCGAGGGGGUUCCGGGUUUCGGACCCCCUCCACCCUAGCCUCCCCUUCCCGAGCCUGGGGAUCCAGUUGUGAGCCUUCCUUCCCUGGGGCGCCUCGUUCUUGGCUGUCCCCACUCGGCACCUGCCUCACCUCCUGGUGCCCAGUUCUGAGCCCUCUCUCUCUCUCCUACGCGGGACAUCAUGUCCCGAGUGGUUCCAACCUCUUAGCCGCCUCCCCUCCUAAGGCCUCAACGCCCCCCUCACUCGCCCCUUCCCCUGGGACGCUAGGUCCCCAAGGUCUUACCUCAGCCUUGGCCCACUGCCUCCCUCACCCCCAGCCACGUGGGGCAAGCACCAUCCCAGCCCGAGAGCUGAGGGGGCGGGUCCUGCGGGGAGGUGGCGACCUUGGCGGAAGUGGCGGCUGUCCCUUCCCAGAGCGCCUUGGAGCAGCCCAGCCAUCUUGUUGCUCGAAGCCCGGGGAAAGUGGGGUCCGACCCCCAGACCUCAGGGCAGCAGAUAGAGGGCAUCGACAGAGGGGGAAACUGAGGCUCAGAGAGCUUAGAGAGUCCAUGUCCCCUCUCAGAGUCAGUCAGUUAAGCAUUUAUGAAGCACCUACUAUAUGUCAGGAGCUGUGUUAAAUGCUGAGGAUACAAAAAGAGGCAAGAGACAGCUCCUGAUCUCGAGGAACUCCCAAAAAAUUCAUGGGGGAGACAACGUGCGAACAAGCUAUAGACACAAUAUGCUCAAGAUAAGCCACCUGUUCCCUUUUUCCAGAGGCCCAGAGAGCCUAGGGUCCAUCUGCCCCCUUUUCCAGAGGCUCAGGUCAAUUGAACAGGCCUUAAAGGUCCCGUGCUAGGCAGCAGGGAUAGGAAGACAAAAGGAAAACUCCUGCUCUCAAGGAGCUUCUAUUCGGGAGAGCGAGAGACACGGCUGUACAAACUGGCUCUCCUAGGACUGCCAUGCCAGGGCCCUUUGCAGGAUGCCAGGCAGUCCCUCUUACUAUCUCCAUGAUUUGGGGCAAGCCAUGAAAUAAUUCAGUCUUGGAAGUGGAAGGGACUUUGGGGCCACUGAGGCCCAAUCCACAUAUGGAAAAAAAAAAUCCUUUCUGUGUGAUAAAGGACAAGUGGUUGUCCAGCCUGUUUCUGAGGAGCUUCAGUGACAGGGAGUUCACUCCAGGCACCCAGUUCCAUUUUUCAGGUCUCUCCUUUGUUAAAUGAGAGGCUUGGACCAGAUGAUCUUAAGGUAUUCUGUAAUUGCAUAUGCACAUGUGUAUUUUUAUUGGUAGG